AUGUCACAACCCGAACAGCAAGCAUCCGUUUUAUCAAAUGCCCUUAAGAAUCCUAACUUAAGAAAUGCAUCCUAUUCCUCUCCUUUAAAGAGAAGUCCUUCUCCUUUCCAGCAAGCACAGGAUUAUUCUUCUCCUUUGUCAAAUGCAUUAAAGAAUCCAAGCCUUCAAGGUGCCUCCUUUCGACUACCCGAUACAUCAAUAAUAAAUAGGAGUUUUGGAGGCAAAAAAGAGGAAACUACUACAUCUGUUCUGUCAAAUGCUUUGCAAAACCCUAGUCUCCGGAAAGCAACUUAUAGGCUCCCAGAUGGUACAAUAAUAUCAAGAAAUGAGCCAGCACAACCAGCUCCAUCUUCCUCACUGUUAUCCAAUGCUCUUCAGAAUCCUAACAUUCGAAAAGCAAGUUACAGGCUUCCAGAUGGAACACUUGUAUCCUCCAGCACUGAUGAAGCUGCGGACACAACAAAGUCCUCACCAUACCUGGGAAGUGCUCUACAGAAUAUUAACCUACGUAAAGCAUCCUAUAAACUACCUGAUGGCUCUCUCUUUUCUCGAAACCAACCAGCAGAACAGUCAUCCUCUCCACGUCUUUCAAGUGCUUUUCUGAAUUCAAACCUUCGUAAAGCUUCCUACAGACUUCCUGAUGGAACCUUUUUGACUAAGAGCUCUGAACAAGAACCAGAGAAAUCAAUUUCAUCUAAUUUGUCUAGUGCACUACAAAAUGUUGGUAAGGCCAACUAUCGCUUACCUAGUACCGCUGGCCUGUUUAGAAAUCCAAAACAAGAGCAAGCUCCCCCUUCAAUGCUGUCCAGUGCCCUUCAGAACCAAAACCUUCGUAAAGCAUCUUACAGAUUGCCUGAUGGAUCAAUCAUGACAAGAGGUCAACCAGCUCAAAGUGAAUCUCCCACAUCACCCUUUCUGGGAAAUGCCUUGACGAAUAUUAACUUACGCAAAGCAUCCUACAAGUUGCCGUCGUCAAUGGGACAUUCUCCAGAGGACUCAAGGUAUGCAGUAGUGACCCCUCAGAUUCAGGGCCAGUCUGGUGAACACUGGGCUCAAAAUCAAAUACUAGAUCUUCAUGAGCCAGAUGAUGUCUGGUCUUCAGAAAGAGUCCUCCCUCAUCAUACUGUUCAGAACCUCACAAAAUGGUCCAUGUAUAGGGAUGAAGAACUGGAGAAUUUUGUCAUCCCUGUGUUUCCUGGCCAAGAGACAGAUAGCACUGAACCAGCAUGGCUCCCAGAUAGAGAAGGUGAACCUCAAGGGAACUGGUAUGACAAGGUAACAACAGACAUAUAG